GAGGGAUGGACCUUUGCUGCCCGGAAUGCUGGAACCCAUGGCAAUGCAGCAUCAGAGAUUGCAGAGAACGUGCCUGGAGAACUACAUCUAGCAGAGGCCUUGACCAGAGUGAUGGUCAAGCGUGGCCGCCGGCCGACUUGCGGCCGCUCCCGGAAAUGCUUUCUGUGCAUGGGAAUUCCUGCGGCAAUCUCUUUGAUUGCCAUGAUUUGGGGCAAUACUACGUGGCUCGACCAAUUUAUAGACCCUGCAACUAUCAGCGCAAGUCUGCAUAGAGAGGCUUCGGCCGUCGUUGAUGCCACGCAGGAGCGCGAGUUGGCAAAAGCCAGCAGCCGCAAGCUUUGCAACAUCUUCACGCUGGAUUCUGAAAAGCUGUCGCUCUUCAACGUUCUGACUGUGGAGUCAUGGCGACGGCACGUCCAUGGACUUUGCAACGAGCCGGUUCUUAUCAAUGACCACAAUGUGAGGAUCUAUGUGCCAGACCUGCCAGAAGAGUACUUCAAAUUACCUUACCCGAGUGCUAAGUCAGACAUGAUCCGGUAUGCGCUCUUGUACCACCAUGGUGGAAUUUAUAUGGAUCCGGACAUGCUUGUUGUGAAAGACUUGGACUCAGUGGUGCAGCUUGCUGGUGAGAAAGCUCUGGUCUCAUACCAGGAACAUGAGCUCAGUAAGAAGAGAUGUGGUGAACACUUCAGUUCUGACUUUCUGGCCGGCCAAGAGGGCAGCCCUUUCUUUAAGGAGGUCUGGGAAAAACAGAAGAUGGCUUUGAUGAGACAUUGUCCUGCAGACGAGAAGAACAAGGAGAAGGUUUGUUGCUUCGAUGCAGAUGUGCCGUGCAACAUCCCUUGGGCGGCGCUGGGUGAUGGCAUUGCUCAUCCUACUUUGGCCAAGAUGGAUCAAGUUUCAUCGCACUGCUUUGCUGGUGCCGAGUCAUUCACGCCGCCGGGAUUUUUGGAAGCCUUGGAACGUUUCGGAUCUGACAAACGCAAGGCAGAAGAGCACCUGAAGUCCAGCGGAAGCACCCGCGUAUUGGAUCGGAUGGUGUAUCGCACAUUCGAUGCGAUCCUCUCCUGGAAAACAAUGCGAUGCAAGCAGCUGUCGGACAGGUCUGCUUUGCUUGGAGAACUUUUUGCCAGAAGUUUUGAGUCUGGGCAUGGCACAAAGCCGCCUGAGCCAGUUGCGACUACAGCGCUUUUCCUCAAGCGACAUCCCGAGUUUGCAGCCAUUGGCCUAAAAGAUGGCCAAGUUGGACACGUUCCUUGUUGGGCAAAGGCAUACGCCAAAGAAUCAAAACCUUCGCCGACAGUUGUGAAAGGUGUGGACAUCAAGACGCAGACUUCCCCCGCUCCGCCACGGAAGAAGUGCAAGAUUUUCACCUUGUGGGAAUAUCAGACAGCUCCCCUGUACGCUCGGCUCAACGUAGAGACCUGGCGCCGGCAUACGCGAGAUCUUUGCGAGGAGCCCAUUCUUAUCCAUGCCAGAAAUGUGCUGAAGUGGAUUCCGGACAUGCCCAAAGAGUUCUUCAGGUUUCCCUACCAUGCAGCAACAUCUGACUUGAUAAGAUACGGAUUGAUCUACCACCACGGCGGUAUCUACAUGGAUGCUGACUUCAUUGUCCUCAGGGACUUGACGCCAGUGAUCAAGCGGCUGUCGGACCAUGAUCUCAUUUCGUACGCCACAAGUAGCAACCCUGGUGGCGUGUGCUCUGACAGCUUCAGCUCCAACUUCAUUGCAGGUCGGAAGGGAAGCACCUUCAUGAAGAAGAUGUGGGAGAAGCAGAAGGCUAUGAUCACGAAACAUUGCCCUUUGUCAGACAAAAGCAAGGAGAUUGUCUGCUGCUUUGACGACCCGAAAGUGGAGUGUCACAUUCCUUUCGCAGGAAUCGGAGAAGGGACCUCACACCCCAUGCUGAACAAGUUAUUGCAACAAGGUCUCCCUAUGAAGACCUAUUGCUUCGCAGAUGAGGAAUCGUUUGUUCCGGACCACUUCGCUUAUGUGCUGGAGCAUGUGCCCAACCUGAAGGAAGCUCAGGCUUACUUGGAGGAAAGGCACAUCAAGAAUGGGUUGGGCCGGAUGGCAUUUCACAUGUUCAAUUCAAUCAUACCGCUCAAGUCUUAUGAUUGCAAGAAGCUCUUCACUCAGGGCACCACUGUUGGGCACCUAUACCUCACGUCCUUCAGCACUGGACAUGGAAAAGAGCCGAAGCCAAAGUCGGAAUCAAAGGCCUUCCUGGCGGAGCAUCCUGACUUUGAAGAAUUCCAUGUGAAGAACCAAGGGGGCUGGCCUUGCAAGAAUGCACACACUGUGGCGCCACCCAUCUCGGAGUUGAUAGGCGCUGAGCAGAUGAGCUCCGAACCAGCUGAAGCAGUGGAACCAGCUGAAGCAGUGGAGCCAGCUGAGCCAGCGGAACCUGUUGUAAACUUUGCACCACCAGUUCCACCAGUCAAGGCGGCAACAAGCUCCUCCCAGUGCAGGAUAUUUACCUACUGGGAGUAUGAGGGUUUGGGACCACUCUACAUCCGCAUCAAUGUGGAAUCCUGGCGGCGGCAUGCACCCCAAUGUGGAGAGCCAGUCAUCGUGACGAUGGCCAAUGUGCGGGAGCACGUCCCUGAUGUCCCAGAAGAGUUCUUUCGCUUGCCUUACCCCGAGGCCAGGGCGGACUCCAUUCGCUGGGGGUUGAUUUUUCACAACGGUGGGAUCUUCCUGGAGCCGGAUGUGCUGAUGGUGGAUGACAUUUCACCCAUUCUUCAGAAGCUUGACUCCUACGAGCUGAUUUCCUCUCAAGAAGAUCCUGGUGAGGAAGACUGCACUGAUCAGUUCAAUCCAGCCGUCGUAGCUGGUCCAAAGGAAAGUCGCUACUUCAAGGCCGUGUGGGAAGCUCAUAGAUCCAAGCUCGUGAAGCAUUGCCCUUUAAAAGACAAAGAGAAAGAGAUCAUAUGCUGCUUUGAUGAGGUCAAAGAGAACUGCCACGUGCCGUGGCUUUCGAUGAACCGGGGCAUUGCUCAUCCCAUUAUUCGCUCAUGGAGCCGCACCUACGGCAAAAAGCUGGCAAGUUAUUGCUUCAACAGGGCUGAUGGCUUCCAGCCCAAUUACUUGCAAGACGUCGCCAGAGACAGGUGGGACGUGGACCGUGCGUCAAGAUUUUGGGAGUCACAUGGCGUGACGAGGCCGAUGAAGAGGAUCCUCUACCACUUCCAGCAGCAUGGGAUGCACCUUCAGGAGCUGGAUUGCACGAAGCUCUUCAACGAAAGCAUCGUUGUGGGAGCACUUUACACAAACGCAUUCUCUGGCGGAGCCAGUCAACCUGUGUUUGGAACGGAUGCCCAAGCAACCGCUGAAUUCUUCAAGGCCAAUCCUUUCAUGAAGAGUGUGAGCCAUGCCUACCAGGAUGGCUUGCCUUGCAAACGCUUUGGUCCGCCCAAGCUGCCUUCAUUGCCCCCAAACUUUGGAGGCAAAGCUGUUUGCCGCAUUUUCACGCUUUGGGAAUACCCGGCAGACAAAGGAGCGCCUGUUUUCAAGAUGCUCAACGUCGAGUCUUGGCGUCGACAUACCCAUGGACUUUGCCAAGAGCCUGUUUUGAUCAACGACAGGAACGUAAGGGAAUGGAUUCCUGACAUGCCGGACGAGUACUUCAGGAUGCCGGCUCCUGCUCCCAAAUCAGACUUGAUCCGUUACGCGUUGCUUUAUCAUCACGGAGGGCUCUACAUGGAUGCCGACUUUGUGGCCGUCAAGGACAUGGAUCCAAUUCUGGCGUUGCUUGAAACGCAUGACUUCAUCUCCUACCAAGAGAAAGGAGAACCAGGCCAGGCCUGCUCGAGCGCCUUCAGCUCCAACUUGCUUGGUGGAAGGAAGGGCAGUCCUGUGCACAAGUUCAUUUGGGAGCGGCAGAAGGAAAAGAUGCGGGUUCGUUGUGGAAGGAAGGAUGCUGACGGCAAUCAGGCAUGCUGCUUUGACAGCUCCAGGAAGACCUGCAGCGUUCCAUGGGCAUCGCUGGGGGAAGGCGUUUCUCAUCCUGCCUUCAAUGAACUGCUGAGAACAGGUGAGAUCUUCGAGACGUUCUGCUUUGCCGAUGAGUGGACUUUUGUGCCAGACCACUUUGCGUACUCUGUGGAGCACAUUCCCUCGAAAGCAGAAGCCCUCAAAUACAUGGAGGACAGAGGCAUCAGAAAGCCCUUGGACAGGAUCGUCUAUCACCUCUUUAAUGCGAUCACUCCUCUGAAGAGCUGGAAGUGUAUGACUUUGCUGGACCCCAGGCGAUUGGUGGGCUAUUUGUACACAGAAAGCUUCAAGUCAGAGUCUGGCCGACGCCCUGUACCGAAAACUGAUGACUCAGAGGCAUGGCUGAAGGCGCACCCUGAGUUUAAAAAGUAUCAGGAGGUUUACAACGGCUGGCAACCAUGCCCUGGUCCUGUACCUGACCCAGAGACCACUCCGAUGCCAAAUGAGCAGAAGGACCCUGCCCAGGGCAGUGACUGCAAGAUCUUCACCUUGUGGGAGUACAAGUCAGGGCCACCAAUGUCCGUCACCUUGAACGUGGAAGGCUGGCGUCGUCAUUCCAAAGGUCGGUGCGGAGAACCUGUUUUAAUCAAUGAUGAUAACGUACUGACUUACCUGCCAGAUAUGCCAGUGGAGUAUUUCAGAAUGCCAUACUCCCAAGCCAAGUCGGACAUCAUCAGGUACGGCCUGCUCUUCCACCACGGAGGCAUGUACAUGGACACUGACUUUCUCGUUGUCAAGGAUUUGGACGAAAUCCUGGACCUGACACAGUCCUACGACCUCGUGUCUUAUAUCGAUGACAGCUCUGGCAGCCUGGAGAAGGGAGCCUGCUCCAAGCACUUCAGCUCCAAUUUCAUGGCUUCAAGGAAGGGUAGCACCUUCAUGAAGGCAGUAUGGGAAAAGCAGAAGCAGCUCAUGGUGACUCAUUGUCCGCUGUCCGAAAGAGAGAUGGAGAAAGUGUGCUGCUUUGAUAAUUCGAGAGUUGAGUGCCACAUUCCCUGGGCUGGAAUUGGAGAAGGCGUGUCCCAUGGAGUGUUCGAAGAGCUGGAUUCUGAUGGAGUGGCUAUCAAGUCCUAUUGUUUUGCGGAUGACCGAGGCUUUACCCCACCCGAUAUGAUCAACAUCCUUCCUGGGUCCGCCGCUUCUGCCACACAAGCAUGGCAACGCAUGGGCAAGGCAACAAGCAAAGAUCCGUGGGGACGUAUCAUGUACCACACCUUUAACUCGAUCAUGCCCUGGUCUGGCUACACCUGCAAGCAAAUCUUCAACGCUACAUCUGUGUAUGGCAAGCUCAACUUACUCAGCUACACCACUGGAAGUGGCUCCCAAGCCUUGCCUGCCACUGCGGAUCAUCUCGAAUGGCUUCAAAAGCAUAAGAUGAAGCGCCUGUCUGAGAAGACAGUCGGCUUGCCCUGCUAGUUGCUUGAUUUCAUGAUCGUGAGGAAGAAGAUCUGACGGAAUGCUCUCUGGUGCAGCCACGAGAUGUAGAGUUUGGCGAAGUUCAACGAGAUUAACGAGCAGACGAGCAGACGAACAAGGCUUCCGCGCAACGGAGGAGCUGGGAAGUUCCGCUAGUCUAUGGCUGAGGUUGGGUAAGGGAAGCUGAAAUUGUGGCCGUCCCUUCACUCUGCAACACUGCCAAAGUGCGGUGGUACCUCACUGCAAGCCUAGCGGAGAAACGAAGGCCCUUCAAUGAUGCCAAUGAUGCGUCAAGUUUUGAAGCAUUCUGUUUGAUGCCGCACCUUGAAAGAAGUCGACAUCACACCUUGAAAGUCAUUUUGAACAAGACAAGGGCGCUGGCCCUCGCAGUGAAUACAAAC